CCGUUGCAGUCACCGAUUGAAACAAUCAGAUGAAAAAAAACAAAAACAAAUUAAAAAAAAAAAAAUAGUGGUAGGAGCACGCGUAGUUGUGCAACAAAGGACUGAAUUAUUUUAAAAUAUUUUUGUCAUUGUAAAAGUGUCGCUUUUUUUAAAUUAUAUUCGUGUAAGACAUAGUGUUUUGGAGCAUACAUUGGCGUCUUGUUUUGUGGAAGUGCUGACAACCUCGAGCUAAACAUGUCCCAGUUUAUGUUUGAGAAUGACCUGGGAAAAGUUCUUAAACUGGACAUGCCCAUAACAAAUGCACCAAUGCCAAGGUGGCAGCGCAAGGUCAGUUCUUCGUCAGGAUCCGGAUCAACCUCUGCUAACACCAGCCUUACCCCAAUGAAGGCUGGUAACAAAUCACUAAGCACAUCCAAGACACCUGGAAAAACGCCAGGCAAAAACACCAAGGCGCAGAACACCCCAUCAAAAGCAGGUGGUGACCGAUAUAUUCCAAUCAGAAACAAGCAGCAGUUGGAGGUGGCUAGCUUCCUCAUAAGUAAAGAGAAUGCGCCAUGUCACACCACACCCACAGAAAAGGACCACCAGAAAGCAUGGUCUAUGAACCUCAAUGGCUAUGAUAUCAAUGAGGCAAAGAUUGUGCACUUGGUUGGCAAGCCCCUGAAUGCACCUGAAGGCUACCAGAAUAAUCUGAAAGUUCUCUACAGUCAGAAGACCACUCCUGUCUCAACCAAAAAGACCACUCGAUACAUGUCCUCUGUACCGGACAAAAUCCUGGAUGCUCCUGAAAUAAGAAAUGACUUCUAUCUGAACCUUAUUGACUGGAGCAGUCAGAAUCACGUGGCUGUAGCUCUACACAACAACGUGUACCUGUGGAAUGCUGCUACAGGUGACAUUGUCUUGCUGAUGCAGGUGGAAAGUGAAGAACACAUCUCCUCUGUCUCUUGGAUCAAAGAAGGGAACUUUCUGGCAGUGGGUGCAAGUGAUGCUAAAGUACAGCUCUGGGAUGUUGAAUCGCAGAAACGGCUGCGUAAUAUGGCAAGUCACACAUCACGAGUUGCUUCCCUAAGCUGGAAUAACCAUGUCCUAUCGAGUGGUGCAAGAUCUGGGCACAUUCAUCACCAUGAUGUCAGGGUGGCUGAACACCAUAUAGCUACUCUUUCUGGGCACUCUCAGGAGGUGUGUGGUCUCAAGUGGUCCCCUGAUGGAAAGUACUUGGCCAGCGGUGCCAAUGACAACCUGGUCUAUGUGUGGCCAAAUGUCCAAGAAAGCAGAGAUUCCACUCCAGUACACUGCUUUACGCAGCACCAGGGGGCAGUCAAGGCCUUGGCCUGGUGCCCAUGGCAGACUAACAUACUUGCUAGUGGAGGUGGAACCAGCGAUAGACACAUUCGUAUCUGGAACGUGUCAUCUGGCUCUUGUUUAAGUUCGCUAGAUACAGAAUCGCAGGUCUGUUCAUUGGUCUUUGCACCAAACUACAAGGAACUUGUGUCUGGACAUGGUUAUGCACAGAACCAGCUAGUUCUCUGGAAAUACCCCUCAAUGGUUAAAGUUGCAGAACUAAGAGGACACCAGGGCAGAGUUCUCAAUCUGGCACUGAGUCCCGAUGGCUCAACAGUCGUAUCCGCAGCGGCUGAUGAAACUCUACGUUUCUGGAAAUGUUGUGCAGUGGAUCCUGCCAAGAAGGAAAGGACAGCCACUAAAUCCACCAGCAUCAUUCACCAGGGCAUCCGAUGAUGUCUCUUCCUGUUUUUUGCAUUUUUCACUUUACAGCAAUCGUAAGAACUAUUGCCUGUUUGUACAGUUGCAUAUACUGAUUGUGUGUGUUUUUUUUUUUUUUAAUCAAUGUAAAAUGUAUUCUGCUUUUUUAAAAUAAAGUUUUAAUUGUUUGGUUUUA